GGAGUGUGGAGGUAUGACAGUGAUCGGUAUGUACAGACGAGAGGAGUGUGGAAGGAGGUAUGACAGUGGGCAGUAACUACAGGAGAGGAGUGUGGAGGCAUGGCAGUGAUCGGUAUGUACAGAGAGGAGUGUGGAGGAUAUGACAGUGAUCAGUAUGUACAGGAGAGAGCUGUGGAGGUAUGACAGUGAUCGGUAUGUACAGGAGAGGAGUGUGGGGGGUAUGACAGUGAUCAGUAUGUACAGGAGAGGAGCGUGGAGGGGUAUGAAAGUGAUCGGUAUGUACAGGAGAGGAGCGUGGAGGGUAUGAAAG